CUGACCAAGACAGUUGAGAUCUCAGGAGAACAUGGUCCUCUGGGGAUCCACGUGGUUCCUUAUGUUUCCUCUCUCAGCGGCCGGUGAGUACAUCAUCCCCCUCUGUCUGUCUGUCAGUCAGUCCAUACACAUCACUUUAUAGGCUAUAUUUUACCUCUCUCUCUCUCUCUCUCUCUCUCUCUCUCUCUCUCUCUCUCUCUCUCUCUCACCUUGUCGGCUCAAUUAUUUGAACCAGCGACCGUUGGGUUACUGGCCCAACGCUCUAACCGCUAGGCUACCGUGUGUGUGUGUUGUGUGGUGUGUGGUGUGUGUGUGUGUUGUGUGUGUGCGUGCGUGCGUGCGUGCGUGCGUGCGUGCGUGCGUGCGUGCGUGCGUGCGUGCGUGCGUGCGUCCCGUCUUCACUCUCUCUAUCCUUUUCCUUCAAAUCAAUGUUUAGCCUCUGAACAUAAUGAGCUAUUAUUUGACCUAUAUGAAUCAAUGUGUUUGGUGUGGAGAGGCAAUGUUCUAGAGAGGUAACACUUAGUCAGUGGAGGGGGUCAGAGGAGAGUCAGUAGGGGGUCAGUGGAGGGGGUCAGAGGAGAGUCAGUAGGGGGUCAUUUGGGGGGUUUAAAGGGGAAAGAGUCAGUAGGGGGUCAGUGGGGGGGGGUCAGAGGAGAGUCAUUGGGGGAUGGAGGGGGUCAGGGGGAAGUCAGAAAGGGGGGUCAGUGGGGGGGGGUCAGAGGAGAGGGGGGGGCCCAUAGGGGGGGGUUCAGGGGAAAGGAAUCAGUAGGGGUUUCGGGUAAGUAGGGGGGGUCAGAGGGGAGAGGAGAGCCCAGUGGGGGUAAGUGGAGGGGGUCAGAGGAGGGGGGCCCAGAGGGGGGUUUCAUGGGGGGGGUCGGGAGGGGUCAUUAGGGGGGGGUCAAAGGGGGGGUCAGUGGGGGGCCCGGUAGGGGGGGUCAGAGGAGAGUCAUGGGGGGUCGGGUGGGGGGGGCAGAGGAGAUUCAGUAAGGGGGUCAUGGGGGGGGCCCGGGGGAAUCAGUGGGGGCCCCCUUGGGGGGUCGAGGAGACAGUAGGGGGUCAGUAGAGGGGGUCAGAGGGGGGGUCUAGGGGGUCAGUGGAGGGGGUCAGAGGAAAAUCGAAAGGGGGGUCAAAAUUUCUGUUGUAUUCUGUUUAUUGUAGCACCAUUCAACAGACCUGUCUCUGACAUGGCACACACUGAUUUAGAUGCGGAUGUGGUUUUGGGCUGCGGGCCAGGACAUUCAAAACCCGCCAUGUCCAUUUUGGGUGUAAUUUUGGGCGGGCCAAUACUUGAUUGGAAACUGAACUAAAAUCUACUUAAUGGGGUUUAUUUUUUGGAACCUGAAAGGAAGGAAACCCAGUGAAAAUUUUAUACACAUCAAAUUUGCCUUACGGACCUGAGUAGGGCCAUCGUGGUUAAAAAGCGAAAAUUUACGUUGUAAUGCCCAGGGGGACUUUGGGUUUAAACCCCAAGAGAAACCCAUGAGCGGGCUGUAAGUUUUAUUACUUUUUCCCUGACAAGUGAAAAGCCCUGGGGGGAAUAUACUUUUUUCUUUCUUUAAUAAAGGGGACACGAUGUUUAAACAGAACCUCCAUUCUGCCCCUUCCGUCGUCUUUGUCCUAUGGGUUCUGUCCUUUUUAAUGUCUACAGUAGGGUUCAUGUGGAUUGGUUUUCCCUGCCCGAAGUUGUACAGGGGGGGGGAUUAAUUUUAAAGGGCCCUGCACGGCUUUAUUUCCCUUUUCCCCCCAAAUGUUUUCGGGUUUGGGGCCCCUGGGGCCGGGGACAGGUGGAGGACAUGGUGGGGGGUUUUUUGGGAAAGGGCGAAAAGGAAGGGAGGGCGGAUGGGGAGGGGGGGAAGGGGGGGCAUGGGGCUAAGGGCGGGGGGGGACCGAGAGAGAGAACCGCGAGACUAUAGAAGGGUAGAGGGAGGGAAGAGGGAAAAGGAGUUGGAGAAGGAUUUUGUAAUUGGAGACGGCCCAGGGGGAAGGAGGGAGAGGGUGGUUAAAAGCCAACCACCGGGGAAAGGGGGGAGGCCCCCAUUUUGGGGGAAAAAGGCGGGGGGAGAUAGGGGAGAAGAAAGAAGGGAAGGACCCCAGGGGACUAGAGGGGGCCCCCGGGAAAGGGAAAAGGGAGAGAGGGAGAGGGCCCGGAAAAAUGAGGGAAAAAAGGGGGGCGAAGGGGCGGGGGAGGGAGAAGGGAAAAGGGGGGGAGACCCCAGGGGAAAAAGGGAGGAGAAGAGGGGAAAAGGGAAAGGGGACGGGCCCCUCUUUUUGGGAAGAAGGAGGGACCCGGCCCUCUUUUUGGGAGAAGGAGGGGAGAAAACCCAAAUUUUGGGAAAAAGGGAAAAUAGAGCGGGCCCAAAUGUUGGGAGAAGGAGGGGAGCGGCCCCAAAACUUUUGGGGAAAAGGGGAGGGGAGACCCCAAGGGGGGGCCGGACCCUACGGUUGGGGAAAAGGGAAAUAGCCGGGCCCUAUGUUGGGAAAAGGGAAAAUGGAGGGGCCCUAUUUUUGGGAAAAGGAAUAGAGCGGGCCCUCUUUUUGGGAAAAGGGAGCAAGCAGGCCCUCUGUUGGGGGGAAUGAGGGGGCCCAGACCCUACUUUUGGGAAAGGGACGGGGGCAGGACCCUACUGUUGGGAGAAGGGGGGGGACAGGCCCUACUGUUGGGAGAAGGAGGGAGCAACCCUACUUUUUGGGGGAAAAGGGAGCAGAGCAGCCCCUACGUUUUGGGGAAAAGGAGGGGGCCCCAAGCCCCUACUGUUGGGAGAAGGAGGGGACCCCAGACCCAAAACUUUUUGGGAAAAGGGAAAUAGACAGGCCCCUAUUUUUUGGGAGAAGGACGGAACCCGGGCCCUACUUUGGGAAAAACCCGGAAAAAACCCCCUCCUGUUUGGGAGAAAGGGCGGAGCCCCCCCAAAUUUUGGGGGAAAAGGAGGGGGACAGCCCCCAAACUUUUUGGGAGAAGGAGUGGAGCAGACCCUAUUUUUGGGGGGGAAAAACUGAACCCAGUGUUAUCGGUGUGUUGACUUGAGGGCAGAGAGAGGAUUUUGAGAGCCCGUUUUGUGAUUUAAAACCCCCUGUUUUUUUAGGGCCUUGUCUGGGAGCUCAAAAUGGGGCCCAAAAAGGGGGACAGAAAGCGAAGCUGAACGAAAUCUUGCCCUUGCGGGGAGUUGGCACGUAUUGGACAGACAGGACUGUUCACCCUAAAACUUUCCGCUGAAUGAUUUUUUCUGUUUGGUUUUUUUUUUUUUUUUUCCCUUUUCCUUUUUUUUUCCCUUUGGCCACUUUUUCUUGGUGCUCCGGGGCUUCUGUCACAUGACCCCUUGUUUUUUCUGAGGGACUUUUUAACAGCUUUUGAUGAGAGGGUUUUUUUAGUUCGUUUAAAAAGGAUUAAGGGCUCCUUUAUUUUGGGUUGUUUGGGGGUCAAAUGUAAAGGUUUUCCCCCCCUUUCCCCCCUUUUCUCUUUUCUAAGCCCCCCCUCUCUUUUUCUUUUCCCUCUUUGUUCUUCUCUUCUCUCUCUCUCCUCUCUUUUUCGUCUCCCCCCCGUUUUUUCCUUUUUUUCUCUAAUUUUCUCUCUCUCUGUCCCCUUCUUUUCCCCUUUUCUCCCCCCUCUCUUUCUCUCUUCUCUUCUCUCUCCCCUUCCUUCUCUCUCUCUCUCUGUCUCUAUUUUUGCAGGGCUCUGGGUCUGCACAUUCGUGGUGUGGAGGAGAACAGUCGUUCUAAGAGAGAGGGGAUCUUCCAGGACGACGAGUGCAUUGUUAAAAUCAAUGAUACAGAGUUAAUGGACAAAUCCUUUGCCCAGUAAGUAGCUCCGCUCUUUGAUAUCAGGCAGGGGCCUUUGUGUAUGGUGUUUCUAUCUCCCUUAGCGCGGAAGAGAGGGAGAGUGGGCUAUCUGGCUUGUAUCAGAUGUAGUUCCUCUGUGUGUCUACUCAUUGUUGUGGUGUUUGUUUAAGGCAGGGAUGGGCAAGUGGUGGCUGCCCCCCUGUUAUAAUCCCGUGGAUUAAUCCCCCCCAUAUAUACUGUAUAUAGAUAUAUAUUUUUUUUUUUGGGGGGGGAGAACUCAGUUGAGUUAGAAUAGUAGAAUACACAAGGUGCAAUUUCGUAAUUUGGUUGUUGCAUCAGCAGUUGUUCUCUUGUUAUGUCAGUCACUGACAGUCACUCAAUUAGUCCAUUAGUCCAUGCUAAUUUAGUCUAGCCAGCUAUCUAAACUUGUAGUAAUCAUGUUCGAAUUACUGACCGGGUGGCGCCCAUUGAUUUUGUUAGUCACUUUCACACAGAUGUCCUGUUCAUCUAUAAGUGAAAUCUGAGAGUUUUCUUAAUAUAGGGCUGAACCCUAACUUGAUCUAGACACAUUAAUAUCAUUGUUAUGCAUAUCUCCCAUUGACUCCAAUACAAGAGUAAUGCACAAAGUCUGAGUUAUGCACGGUAAGAAUUCGACCUAUACUGAUUUUUGCUGUCAGUAGUAUGUUAGUCUAAGGUGCAUCUCAAAUGACACCCUUCUUUUGACCAGAGCCACCAUAUGGACCCUGGUCACGCUAUAGGGAGUAGGGUGUCAUUGUGGAUGCAUCAGGUGACUCUUUGUGACCCACAGUUUUUGGAUUUGAACCAUAUGUUGUUGUCAGUAGUAUGGUUGACUGCCUGUCUGAGUGGUGUGUUCUCCCCCAGGGCACAGGAAGUGUUCCGUUAUGCUAUGCGGUCCCCCAUAGUGCGUCUGGAAGUGGUUCCUGUCUUCAACAGGGAGAGGUACGAGAAGAGCCUGAUUGGUCAGCUCUUCAACCAAUCAGGCAGUCCCAAAGCCCCACCCAGGACUGCCCCCAAUGAGCCUCCUCCAAUCAAGCCCGCCUUCAAGCCCUCCGACUCUUCUACUGCCCGAUUGGCUGGGGACAGCAGCAGCCUAGAGGGCCGACCAAUGGGAUCCCCCCAUCUCGCCCACCCUGUCCCCGUCAGCCUAUCCCCUGUCCCCAAGGGGAAGAGUGACAGCCCUCUCCUGAAGAAGAGUCCCACCC